GUGAGCAGAGCUGGGUCCUGGGGCCUCUCCCUCCCUCUCUCUCUCCUGCAGGCAGCCAUGAGAUCCAGCCGCCCUGAGCGGGGUGCCCAGGAACCCCUCAGUCCCUGCCCUCAGCCCCUGUCCUGGAGCUCCUCCAGCCUGCUGGGCAAAGGCCGGGGUCAGAGGCCGGAGCUCCAUAAGAGCGCCAGCAGCACCGUAUGGCGGGCCCAGCCGGGCGAGGCCAGCACGGGUGCCCAGGUCCUGGAGGAGGAAGGGCGCCAGGCUGAGAGUGAGGAAGAGGCACGGGCCUCCAGCCCCCGGCCACAGCCCAGGGCCGUGGGUCACUGGCGGAGCAGCACUGUGGGCAACGUGUCUACCGUGGGCGGUGGUGACCUGUGCUGCCUGCGGGACCCCAGCACCGCCGCUGUGCAGAGAAGCCACUUGGACCUGGUCUGCAGCACCCUGACCUGGGGCCACAGCAGUGCCCGAAAGGCCAGCCUCAGCUGCUCGGCCCUGGGCAGCUCGCCUGUCCAUAGAGCUCAGCUGCAGCCCAGCAGCACUUCUGGCCAGGGUGGCCAAGCCCCCGCAGGCCUGGAAAGGGACCUGGCUCUGGAGGAUGAGACUUCAAACUCAGCCUGGACACUGGAGGAGAGUCAGGUGUGGGUGCCGCCACCUGACCUGGGGGGCACAAUGACCCACAGAAGCAGCCUCAAAGCCACUGGGCAGUCGGCCACCACCUCCUGCCAUGCUCUGCCCCCAGCGGCCCUACUCUGUGGCGUGAGGGAGGUGGGGGCCAGCAGCUGCUGCCAUGGCUUGCCUGCCCCAGGGAUCCUGGCCUUUCCUAAACUAGUGGCAUCAGUGAGUGAAUCUGGGCUGCAGGCUCAGCAUGGGGUGAAAUUCCAGUGUAGGUUGCCUGUGGGGCUUCCUGGGCAUUCCCACUGCUGUGCCUACCCUUGGGGUCCCACCGGGUUAACUAUGGAGGCUGGCGCCAGGACCAAGGAUAUGUGGACCAUGACCUCAGCAAGUGACUUGGCCCCCAUCUUGGCAUCACCUCUGUCAGCCCAGGAUGCCAGUGUGCAAGCAGCCCCCAAGGCAGUCUGCAAAGCUGUGGCCACCAGCCCGCCUCUGGAGGCCCCUGUGGCCCUGCACACAUUCCCGGAGGUAACUCUGGGGUCCAGCCUGGAGGAGGUGCCAUCCCCUGUGCGGGACGUGCGAUGGGAUGCUGAGGGUAUGACAUGGGAGGUGUAUGGAGCUGCAGUGGACCCUGAGGUACUCGGCCUGGCCAUCCAGAAGCACCUGGAGAUGCAGUUUGAGCAGCUGCAGCGGGCCCCUGCCAGCGAGAACAGCCUGUCUGCAGAGGGCCGGAGGGGGCCACUUCGAGCUGUUAUGCAGUCCCUACAGUGCCCCAGCUGCUGCGGCUGCUCCAGUGCAGCCCCUGAGUAA